AUGGCUAAACGAAUAAUCCAGUCUCAGCAUCAUCCAGACUUGUCUCAAGAAGAGCGAGCCAAUAAGAGAGCCAACCAGUUCGCGUGUUCAAAGUCCCUCCUCCUGCAUGUCUACGUUAUCCCUUCUUCUCUAAUGAUCUCUUCUUUCAUGGCCAAACCCCAUGAAACCAACCCCAUAAACAGCUGCUUUCUCGGUUGUUUUGGGUUCUCCGCGAAGAAAAAAUCCCAGAAAAAUAACACCCGUUCGGUUUCUUGGCCAAGGUUUCGGUUAAGCUCGAGGAAGUCCAGCACCAAAACGGUGCCUGUAAAUAACACGGACAGCAAGACGAAGAAGAAGCCUGAUAGCAUCAAGGAUUCCUCUAAACCCCAUAAACCUUCACGUCGGAAUUCCAAAGGUGACCACCGGCGUCCGCCGUUCACCGAUCAAGUUGCACGAGAAACAGCUAAAGAGGUUAAAAAAGUUAUCAGCGUACGUUUCUACUCAUGGAUUUCACUAUUCCAAACGAAGGAGCCCAAGGGAUCGCCGUCGGAGCCGGCGAGGACAGGGUCAAGCCUACCGGCUUCACCGAAGACCAAACCUAAAAAAACACCAACCAGAUUGUCCCAUACGGUGUCGUUACUGGUUCCAGAACGGAGUCAACGGGCGGGGAGUCCCCGGAUUCAUGCUCCGAUCAGUCUCCGACUGAAAAACAACGAGUCGAUCGCGAGAUUUGAGCAGGUUAUGGGUAUAUCUAUCAUCAUGGUGACCUUGAUAACAAUGGUGCUUUGGGAUCGAUUAUGCGCCAUUCUUUAUACGUCGGCUUGGUUAUACGUCUGCCCUCGUUUCCGGACCAGAAGUAACAGUAACAAAAGCACCGUUGAAACCACCGCGAGCUCUGACGAUUUAUAUUUAAACUCAUCGGAGUACAAGAAGAAGGUGGUGCUGGAAGGGUUGCUCCAGAGGAACUUCCCAUUUACCUUGUGAAAUCCUUGUACAAUUUGGUUUUGAUAUGCACACGUUAGAUGUAACUGUACUCGUUUUGCUAAAGUGAGCCCGAUGGGCAUUUUGUGUAAGUUAUUAGCGACGAAACAUUAA